GUAAAGCAGCUGAAGUGGGGGUGGGAGGGGAAGGUUUAUAAGCCGAUUAUUUUCCGAAGGCCGGCAGUUUACAGGAAUUACGGUAACUCAGUAUUAACCGCAAGUUCAAACAGCCGAGCCCUGGGCUCAGCUCAAAAAGACACUGGCGAAGUUGCCAAAGCGUUAGAGGAGUUCUGAUGUUCCCACAGGGAGUGGGGAAGAGCUCUCUCAAUCAGACUGGACGAUGGGCUGUAGCGGGAGCAGAGUGUGUCGUUGCUACAAGAAGCAGAAACAGAAGGGAACCACAUCAAAACAACAUGAAGAACCGAUUCAAGAAUUAGUGACAUUGCAAGGAGAUGAUGUAUCGGUGGGUGCUUCCAAUCAGCUGGAGAAGGCGAAAGCCACAUUUUUGCAGGGACAUGAGAAGGAGCUGCAGAUAAUCAGGGAGGAGCACGACAGAGAGCUCACACAGCUCAAGGAGAAUCUGUCUGCAUCCCACGCCGCAGAAAAGCAACAGCUCCAGCUCAGGCACACAGAGGAGGUUAAAGGACUGAGACAAGAAUUGCAGGAAAAGAAAGAAUCAAAUGCCAAGAUAGAAGAAUUGGAAACCCGUCAUUCUGAAUACGUUCAGGCCCUCAGGGGAGACUGUGAGACGACGUUAAUAGAGUUGAUAAAAUCGCAUAAACAGGAGAAGAAAUCACUGGCUGAAUCCUUGGAGAACAGGUGCUCAUCCCUUCAGGAAACAAUAGAGGAACUGACUGCCCAGAUCAACUCGUUUCAAGAGAAGACGAAGAAAAUCGAGGACGCAAUCUUAAGAAGAGAUCUCAGGCAAGAUAACCAGGACAUGCGACCUCCCAGCCUGUUCUGGGAGCAGGAACUCGAGAGCUUACGGUUUGUGGUGGAGAUGAAGAACGAACGGAUCCACAAGCUGGACAAAAAGCUGUUGCGGAUGGAAAACCUGGCCGAGCUGAACGCCUCGCUUGAGGAGAAGAUAAAGUCCCUGCAGCAGGAGUGCGAGGACAUGCAAGUCCGGCUGAAAAAUCAAGUGGUUUACGCAAGGCAACUCUCUGUUGAGCACGUGGCUCUACAGCAGACAUUGGAGAAGGAGUCUGUGGCCAAGCAGCGGGUUUGCCAGAAGAACGAGGAGCUGCUCUGGAAGCUGGAGAACGGAGAGGUGUCUCCCACGGCGGGCAGCAUGUGGAAACCGCAGCCAGAGUCGCUGGAAAUCUCCGCCAGGUGACGGUGAGUGUCGGCACGACCGGAGCUUAUCACCAGCGACCCGGCCUCCGAUGACUUGGGAGCCAUUUUCCUCUUGCCGUUGGUUGCCGACAGGGGUUUUGGCAGCCGGGCUCGGACUGUGGUUCGAGUCUCACGCCAAUGUACCAGCAUUGCCUUCAGAGAGGACCUUCAGGACUCCGCGGCAGAGCUGAUACCCCUUACACGAAACGGUGGCAAAGCCAGCGGCGGGCACUGAGGAGAACUCACAAGAUCGGUUCGGAUGAAGAAAGCCCUUUCGUCCCACCUGAUCUCACCCCUUCACGAACACUCGUCCUCCCAUCCCUACGUCGAGCUGUGUGGUUUUUUUUUAAACGAGUCCGAGUGUCCCGGCCUCAACCCCCCUUCUAAGGAAAACUUGUUCCAGUCAUCAGGUACCAUCUGGGUUACCCUCUGGGUAACUAAAACCGGUCUCUGCUCUGAAAUUAGACCUUUACAAACUCUGAACCCGUGUUCUCGUGUUCCCGGCUCUUAUUUCAUUAGAGACUGACACUCAGGGAAGGUGUUUCACUAGAAGCCGAGUAAGUGGUUAAGGCUGAGACAAGAGCGAUACCUUUAAGGGGGCAUUUGCUGUUUGUCGCUUCCAUUUCCUGACAGUGCAACACCUCAACCACCGCAUUGGAGCAUCAGUUACACUAUGUGAUUCCAAUGUCCUGACGUGGGGGCUUAAACCCACAACCUUGUGACUCGGAGGUGAGAGAGAGCUCUACCACGGCCAAGAAUGCAACAGGACUUCAAAAGGUUUCUACAAGAGACCAUUGAAGAACAGGAGGCCACCACAGCUUGGCCCACUGAACAGUAGGAACAGGAAAGGUCACCUCUAAUCCAAUGGCUUCCAGCCAACUCACUGGGAAACCUUCAAAAAGACGCGUUGCAAACUAAAGGUGGUGUAAAAACCUUUCGAGAACUGAACCGGGGGCAGCGAGUGAUUCCACUCAGCUCCAGUUAACCCUGUUAGCCAAAGCCCUAACAAGGAGGAUGGUCCGAGCUGGACAAGCAGCGGGAAAGCCUGACACACAGCGAUACGCUGUUUUCGCUGGUUAGACUCCAGCAGUUACCUCAACGCACAAAAUGGAGUCCCCAAGCCUGGCCUCUUGCCAACCUGCGCCUAAUACUUUCCGGAAUUAGGUAAGCAGGAUGCAUCCCUCCAGGGAAAGAAAAAAGAGAGAGAGAGAGAGAGCACAUUACAAUCGAGCAAUCUAUAAAUCUUUGGAAUACCCAUGUGUAGGUGGGAUGCAUGGAAUUCUCUCAGUGAUACUCUUAAGGACGGCGAUGCGUUUCCACUUCGCGCCCAACUGACCGAAAAUAAUCCGAUUGUUGACCCACCUGAUACCACAUGCAGGAUAGCAGAUGAAAUGGUUAAAUGCCGAGUGAACCUGGAACCUCCAGUCUCUCAACAAAGCAAACUGCAAGUGACCGGCUACGCAAAGCUGAACUUUGCUUACGAGUCAAAACGAUGCAAAUCCACAGGAUGAAAUAAAAGAGGACACUUUAUUGUG